UUUUGUUAGUUCAUAUUCAGCAAAGGAGCCCCAGCUAAACGCUACGGAAAUACACAGCGGCUUCCCUCAACAUGACGUCACGUGUCGGUCUCAGAGCUGCUGGUGUCAAUGGAAGUGACUUCAAACACAGAGAGAGGGUGGUCCCGUCUUACCAAAUGAGUGCCUCCCUGAAGUCAGAGGUGCGGAAGUUAAACCUGGUCCACCUUCUCCUCUGGCUGCUGGUGGCGGCACAGGUGACUGUCAGCCACUUUGAACUGGUGUCACAUGACACAGUGUCCAUGCCGUACCAGUGGGAGUACCCCUACCUGCUCAGCCUGCUCCCUCUGCUCUGCAGCAGCCUGUCACUGCCAAAGAACAAUAUCAGUUACCUGGUCAUAUCCAUGAUCAGCGCAGGGCUCUUCUCUGUGGCACCUCUCAUUUAUGGAGGGAUGGAGAUGUUUCCUGUAGCGCAGCAGCUCUACCGCCAUGGAAAGGCCUACCGCUUCAUUUUCGGCUUCUCUGCAGUGACUGUUAUGUACCUCAUUAUGGUGGUUGCUGUUCAAGUGCAUGCCUGGCAGUUAUAUUACAUGAAGAAGCUGUUAGACUCAUGGUUUGAUGCCACUCAGGAGAAGAAGAAGAAAUAAUGGAGUGAAGAAACCUGCGACUGGGCAAAACUGUGUUUUUAUUUUAAUCUAUUCAGAAGUUAUGACUUUUAUUCAUGUCUAUUUAUUCACUUAUUAUCAUGUAGACACCAGUGUUCCCUGAAGUAUAAAGGUUAAGUAGAAUGAGAUGUACAAUUUAUGCAGGAGCCUGGACUUUCUUGUCAUAUUUAUUUAUUUAUUUAUUUAUUUAAAGCAGAUUAUAAGUGUUGAGCUCACAAUCAGGAGAGGCGUCAAAGCAACAUCCAUAAACACGUUUUUAAUUAUCUUAUCCCCUGUUCAUCACUGAGUGUAGAGUGUAGCUUUUCUCCAAACAGAGAAAUAAGUCAUUUUAAAGACCUCAUUGUCAUUUCUAAAUUAAGAGGUGCUUGUACUUAUGUAAGUACAGGAAGAAGGCAUGAACUGUUCGAACAUAAACAUUUUGCUUCGAAUUGUCACCUGUAACAUUGUUCCUGACUCAUUUUCUGAGGAGCAGCUCCAGACUUUACACACUAUGAAGGUUGAUGGUAGAUUUAUUAGUCAUUUUA